GUACUACAAAUACACGGCUCCGACGGUCGAUUCAGCUAUGAACUAGAGUCCAAAGACGAUAGACAGUCAAGUGAUCCCGUAGAGACGGUCCACAUAUGUGACAAGGAUGCCACCAGAAUUAGCUAUAUCAAGACCAUAGCGGACUACGGGCUAGAUCUGCUUGAUGCACUCGAAAAAGCGACGAUCAUUGAUAGCAAGGACACUGGCUAUCAGAAGCAGAAGAAGUUGAUUCGUGGGAUGCAUGGAGGAUCUGUUUAG